AUGGAUAGACUACCAGGUGAACUGUUGCUCUACAUCUUAUCGCAUCUCAACUUUAAAGACAAACUGCAAUGUAACUUGGUCUCUCAAGAAUGGCAUACUCGAUUAAAACAGACAAUUCUGUAUCAGGGACUCUUGUUCAGAAAUCCCUAUCAUUUGCAUCAAGCCAUCGACUUUUUUACAGACACACCCUUUCGAGAAACAGUGCAUCGUUUGGACAUGUCAUUAUGCGAACUACCCGUAGCAACGUUCAUGAAUCUCUCGUUGGUGUUUCCUAGACUCAAAUAUCUUCAUAUCGCAGAUUUUGAUCCCAAGUUCAAGGCACCUCGUCGUCCUUUAGAAAUAGAAGCAGCCAUCCUGAGCUCUUUGGAGAGAAGCGUGCAACGUUGGGAGUAUCUAGAAGGGAUUGUAGAAAGAUCAGGUAGCUAUCCCAUCAUCAUGUCGUUCUUGAAAGCGCCCGAACCGGUCUAUUUGACAUCGAUCAAUAUCACCUACAACAAACGACAUGGCUCUAUUGGAAAAUAUCAGCAUAACCUCCGAUCCUUGAUUAAGCUCACCAAGAAUGCGCCAUGGCUUGAACAGUUUUGCGCUCGCUUUACGUUUGUCAGCUUACUGGAUUUCGAGGAACUUCACCAAAACUGUCCCAAGCUACAUACCAUCUCUGUCACAACUCAUGUGUGCGAUUCAACGACAGGUCUGGAUAAAUGGUUUGAUAGUGAAGCAGAUCUCAACCAUUUUCUGCCAUACCACAGAUCCAACAUAGAUGGAACUCCCGUAAAGAAGACAGCACAAAGCCUUAGGCACCUAAAGAUCAAGUUAGCAAAGUCGUUCAUGUCGGUGAGAGAGACAGAGAUGACAAUGGUGACCAUCAACAAUUGGCUUCAGUAUAUUGGACUGAAAUACCCAAACCUGGCCAGCUUUGACAUGCACAAAAUCAGCAAUGGACUAGAAGGGAUGCAAGCACCCGAAAAGCAAUUUGAGCAGCAGAUAAGUUUUGCAUUAUCUCAAAUGACUAGUCUAGAAAUGCUCAACUCCAACCUUGUACCAUUGUCAACAAAUGUUGUGCAAUCUAUACCAAACGUAGCUGGAGAUUUCCGCCAGUGUACACUUUACAGCUUCAAGCAUUACACAAUUCAAAAGCAAUUGGAACGUAUGCAAUCUCUCAACAAUCUCAAUAAACUCACAGUGCUGCACAUUAUCAGCAACAAGAACAACAAGCAGCGUGCGCCGCUCAAGUUCAGCCUGCUAGAGUCGUUCAGCAAUCUAACACAAUUGACAUUCACAUCUCAAGUAAACAACUGCAAGAAGCAAAUAUCUGAUAUAUUUGCCAAUACACCCCACCUAGAGGCUUUGACGCUUUCUAGCGUGUGUCCUGUAGCAUUGAAUGAGCCUCUUUGCAUGGCAAACAACAAGCUGAAAGUGCUUCAGAUUCGACGAUUCAACUUUUUUGAGCCAUCAGACUGGUUUGAUCUGAACUUGGCUCUCAAAAAGGACAUCCUGCCGUUCUGUCCUAUGCUGCGACGGUUUGACUUCAGCACGGUUCGUGCAGAAUACAGAUCAGAUGUGUCGUUUUUACUAGCAUUAGAUUUUCGAAACAAUCAUCAUUUACAAAAAGUGAAUAUCAAUCUAUUAGCAAGCACAUCUUAUAGGAUCGAUGGACAGAAGGCUGACAUUGCUCUCUGCCCAUUUGCUGUAUAUCCAUUCCUUCCCAAGGGCUUCAGUGAAUACACUGCCUGCACACUAAUCGACUUGCCGCAUCCCGUUUCGUUCAAUAAAGAUAUGAUUGAAUAA